ACGCUUUCCGAAUUGAUAUCGAUUGUCAAAAACCAACAUGGCGGACGGAGUUGAUGGAUCUUCAAGCGCGAGUUCUGACAAAGAUUCGUGGAUUCCAGCAACACAAAGACCAGAUGGAACCUGGAGAAAAGCUCGAAGAGUUAAGGAAGGCUUCGUUCCUCAAGAUGAAGUAGAAAAAUACGAAAGCAAAGGAAAGCAAUGGUUAAAUUCAAUGCCAAAACUUCCACCAGGAUUGCAAGAGCAGCCAAAAAUAUUGACGAAAAAUCAGAAGAAACAUGACCGAAAAAAGAAUAAAAACAAAGAGAGCCCCGGCAUACAAGGUCAGAGUAUGGGUUCUUCUUUAGAAGAAGCUACUAAAAAAAUGGAGAAUAUUCAUUUGAAUUCAGCACAAACAAAGACCACUACUGCAGCUGGCACUGUGUACACCAGCAAUCCUAACGAGGUGAAGCAGAAAAAGCUUAAAAAUUUGAAAAAGAAACUUCGCCAAAUUGAGGAACUCCAAAGUAAAAUCGAUUCUGGAGAGGUUAAAAAUAUUGAGGCCAAUCAACGUGAAAAGUUAGCCAAGAAGGAAGAGAUUGUAGAUGAAAUUGAAGAACUUGAAAGGGAACUUGGAGUUUGAAGAUGGAGAGAUUCAAGAUUUUCAAUAAGAAAGGCUGAAGUUCCCUAUAGCCUUUAAAGGCAAGUGUUAUUCUUUCAUAAUAGCUUACUCUUAAGAGCAUAUCUUGAAGUGGGGCUCCUGUGGUAAAGUGUCUGUUUACCACAGGGAACCCAACAAGUCGUAAUAUUAUAAAACUGGAGGCUGAUGCAAUACUUCAGCACAACAGUGAAAAAAUGACUAUGCUACCUUGACCAUGUUACUAUAGCUACAUUGACUAGAACUGUUGGACAUCAAACUUCGUUAAAAUGACCACAGUCAGAAACCAGACCUUUUGCCUUCUAGAGCCCUAAUGAAACACAUGCUUGUACCAAGGCUAGGAUAGAAUGGUCUGUGAUCACUAGAUCAGAAAAGCCUAUCUCAGCAUUCCCAUUCUCUCCCCUGCUAAGCAGGAAGAUAAUCUUGAAUAGGCCUUUGGUUGAAGUUUAGACAGCUUUUGCCUUUAAGAGCUCUAAUGAACAGCAUGCUUGUAUACCAAGGCUAGAAUAGAAUGCUCUGUGAUCACUAUAUCAGGAUGGCCUACCCCAGGGUUCCUAUUCUCUCCCCUGCUAAGUAGGAAUAUCAUAGACAACUCUUUUUCUAACUUUUGCCGAGAGAAUUGAAACCAACGAGAUCCUUGGGUAUGAAAGAAGGAGAAAAAAAGAGGAAAAAAUGGAAGAGUGGAAUAGGGUACCCCAUGCUGGAAAACAAAACUGGCAGUUCUGUUUUAGGAUUUUCUUAACCACUUUUAAAUGUUUUCAUGUGAAAAGUAAUUGCAGCUACAAUUAACUUUUUUUACAAAGAGUUGAAUAGAAUAAUACUAUGAAGACAAACA